AUGGGCAACGACGCCGCUCUUGAGUCUAAGCUGAAAGCGGCGCUCGUAUCGCGCGAGCAGCGUGGUAUCAGGCGGCGGCUUCCUGCGCCGUCUUCGGCGCGCGCGACUGCGUCCACGGGCACCGAUUUUUCUUCUAACGACUACCUCUCGCUAUCAUCCUCGCCUCUGCUACGCGAAUGCCUACUGAGCGCGUUACAAAAUGCGCCAGAUAUCCUGGGUUCUGGCGGCAGUCGGCUGCUGGUGAACCCUACCGCGCACUCAUCGUUCGAGGCGCGCCUAAAGGAAUUCUUCGGAGGCGCCGAGGAAGCGCUCUUGUUCAACUCGGGCUUUGACGCCAAUGCUGCGUUCUUCGCAAGUGUCCCCCAGCCGGGCGACGUACUCGUACUGGACGAGCUCAUACACGCGAGUGUACAUGACGGCGUCAGGGCGUCGCGCGUACCCUCUGCUCUGCGACGGACCUUCACGCACAACGAACCCCACUCCCUCAGGCGGACACUCGAGAAGGCCAAGCAUGACGUUCCUGCAUUGAAGAGCGGUCAGGCAUCCGUGUUUGUUGCUGUCGAGAGCGUGUACUCUAUGGACGGCACGGUUGCGCCGCUCGUGGAGAUCGUGGAUAUCUUGGAGGAUCUCUUCCCAAGGGGCAAUGCGCAUCUGGUUGUAGAUGAAGCGCACGCGACCGGGGUGUGUGGACCACAAGGGAGAGGCUUGGUUUGUGCGUUGGGCCUGGAAGAGCGAGUGUUUGCGAGGUUGCAUACGUUCGGAAAGGCACUUGCGGCGACUGGCGCUGUACUCCUGACAAGCACACUCGUCCGCGACUACCUCCUCAACUACGCCCGGCCUCUCAUCUACACUACCGCGCUCUCCAACACCGCCAUCAUCUCCGCCUCCUGCUCAUUCGAUCUUCUCUCCGACGGGACAGCAUCCACCCUCGCCUUCACUCUGCAUUCCAACACACGAUACCUGCUCGACAGGCUACGAGAGACGCUCGCGCUCCUGCCAACGAGCCUCGUACGUCUCCCACCACACCUAUGCGGUGUUAGAGAACCGGCCGUAGAAGACACCCUACCACCCGCACCCAUUAUUCCACUUCUAACACCGCACGCUCGUGCACUGUCGGCCUUCCUCGCUCAACGCGGUCUGACUGCCCGGCCGAUAGUCUGGCCGACCGUACCUCGCGGUACUGAGCGUGUUCGCGUUUGCCUGCAAGCCAAUACACCACGAGAGGCGCUGGAUACGCUGGUCGAGGGUGUGAGAGACUGGGCUGAGGAGGAGAGGGAGAAGGAGAGGGCUGCGCGGAGGAGAGAGGGCAGGAGAUUGAAGGGUAGGGCUGUGGAGGGGUUGUUGGAGAGCAAACUGUGA